AUGGUCAAAUCAGCUAAAUAUUUAAUAAGUGAACAAUGUGAUUUAAUUAAUUCCGCUAAUGGAAAUACAGAUAAUGAUAUAAAUAAGGGUACAAAACCCGUUCACAAUAUACUGAAACAACAACUUAAUCUUUUAAAUUCUAAUUCCGAUCCUGAUGUUGAAAUAGAAACUUUUGUAGAACCCACAGUUAGUUCAGUCAGUAAAACAGUUAAAAAGAAGAGUAAGCCUCCCGCCAAAAGUAAAAAUAUUAAAACUGAUAAAAAUUUUAUUGAUUUGCUAACUGGUGAUAAAAAUACUAAAGCACAAACAGAUACAUCCUUUAAAUUGAAGGAAGAGAUCUGCAAAUCUCAUGUUUUGAAGAGUUUAGGAGGUUAUAAAUUUAUAAGUGAUAAUCAAUUCGACAAUUUUGUAGUUUCGAUUUUACCACAAUAAUAUUUUAAUACACUUAAUUUUAUGUCCUUUUUA